AUGGCAUUAAAAUCAGAUUUAUCGGCUGGAUACUAUUACGUUUGUACAGCUUUAAUCGUACUUCUCGUAGGAUCAAUAAUAUACUUAAUUCAUCAAAUUACGACUUACAUCAAUCGCACCAAAAAAAAAGAUGUACCUAUUUUACAUUCAAAUGAAAAUAAUUUCACUUCUCCAAGAAGAAGUAUUCAUUUAAGUCCAACAGUUUGGUUUUAUAAAUGUUGGAAUCAAGUUAUUCAUAUCCUUGGGGUUGGUGAAAUGUCCAUUGGAGCUAUUGUCAUUUUAUUAAUAUAUUUGACAGUUAAUAUUAUUUUCUUGGCUUUACCUUUUAAAACUGAUGAAGGAAUAUCUCACCAGACAAGUAUUAGAUUUGCAUAUUUAGGAAUAGCCAAUGCUGCUUUUAUAUUUCCUUUAGCCACUAGAAAUUCUAUUUUUACUAAGCUUAUUGGAAUUCCUUUUGAACGUAUGAUUACUUAUCAUCGCUGGGUGGGAAGAACUAUUUUUUGGUUACUUACUUUUCAUGCUUCCACUCAAAUUCAAUCAAAUUAUAAUUCUUCAAAAUCGAUAUCACAUUCUCUGUGGGGUACCGACAUAUAUAAAUGGGGAUUUUUGGCUUAUAUAUUUUUAUCUAUUACUGUAACGAUGGCUAAUUCAGCAAUUUCAUCAGGAGUUACAAGGAUAAUUUUUAAAUUUCCUACCUAUUAUGAAGCGGGGCAAUAUAUAUUUGUUAAUUUUCCUUUUUUAAAAAUUCCAACUUCUUUAAUUGAUUGGCAUCCAUUUUCUUUAUCAUCACCUCCAUUAUCAUCUUUUGGUAGCAUCGCUAAUAGUGGUGAAGUAAAUUCGCCCACAGUUGAUGAUACAGGUGAUGAAGGUUAUGCAAGUAUUCAUGUAAAAAUGCAAGGAGGAUAUACGAAUACUUUAUACGCAAAAUCACAACAAGGAAGUCAAUUAACGGAAACUCCUUUAAAAAUGAGAAUUGAAGGUCCUUAUGGAAAAAAAAGUGUAGAUUUUUCAUCUUAUAAAACGGUUCUAUUAAUAUCGGGAGGAAUAGGAAUCACUCCGAUUAUAUGUAUAUUGGGUGAUUUAAUAGAUAGUCAGAUUAAAAAUAAUUAUAUAGUUACGCAAGCAAUUCAUUUCGUGUGGGUAAUACCUAAUAUUGAAUUAGAAAAAAUACGAAAAUCUGCCUUAACCUUAUUGCCACCCGAAAAAUAUUUGCUUGAAAUUCAAGUGUAUCUUACUCGAUCUACGACCACUCCUUCCUCAACGUUCUUUCAAGGUCGACCUGACAUUAAAAAAAUAAUGAAAGCUUUAAAACAAAAACAUGGAUCAGGUGACAUAGCAGUAGGUGUUUGUGGUCCUGCUCCGUUGAUAAAAGAAGCAAGAAACGCGGCAGGUUCAGAAAGUGAUGUAACUUGUUUGUUUAAAACACAUACUGAAACAUUUGAAUUAUAA